UACGUGCGAAAGGCACCCCACUGCGUAACGAUGAACGCAGGAAAUAGAUCAAAGUGAAGGACCACAAAAUAGGGGAGGAAAAAAAGUCCAUUUUUAUCUCCACAUGUGAAGCAUCGCAAGGCGCAUUUGUUCCGGUUCCUAACGAUUGAGAGAUAAGUAGCAAGGGGACGAUACUUUGCUUUUCCUGUUGCUUCUCCAUUUGCUUCUCUUUUUUUUUUCCACGUUUUUACAAAAUGAAUAAAAUAGCAAAAGUAAACAAUUUCAUUUGCAACAGUGUUCCUUUUCGAGAUAUGAUUCUCUCAGCUAUGAAGGUGAGGAGAAAGGUGCCUUCCCUAGACGAAAAAUUGGGUCAAAACAGAAUUUUUUUUUUAUCUAACUUACAUUGUGCAAAUAAGAAGCACACGUUGGAAAACUGCACAUUCUCAAUAUUUUUAAAUGACAACAUUUUAAUUGGUAAUAAAGCAGUGUUGAGUAAAGAAGCCUCACCUGAAGACACCUCCAAACAAACGCUGCUUUUUUGGAAUAGAAGCCCAGGCGCUAGAUACCCCAAAAAGGCGAACAAUGGAGCCCGUCCAGACUGCCGUUCGGUAAGGAAAAUUAGGAAGAGAUUAAAAACGGGCAAGUAGACAUUUCUAUAAAAGAAACUCAGAGGUUUAUGAGUGACGUAGCAACGCGAAAUAGUUAGCUAGUGAGGCAUCCCACCAUUUGCAGCACCGAAUUGGUAUGUCAUUUGGUGGAGUCAUCCCAAUUGUGAUAUAAAUUCCCGCAUUUUUUAAUGUUGCUUGGGGAGGGGGUGCACGAACGUACGAAUUGUUUACAUACGCAUGCACACCUGUACUGGCAGGGAACUGCGACGUAAGUCCUAUGGUGAACUCUUCCC